GCAACGAAGCAUGCAAUAGAUACAAGUAACUCCAACUCUGCGACGGUCAGCUCUAUCACUCACGUACGCUAUUUACAGAACUUGCUGCAAGGUGGCAGCAUCGCCUUGAUAGGAAACUCGAUUCACCGCGAGUGGAAGGUAGUGGGAGAAGCGACAUGGCGCAGAUGCGUGUAAGCGAUCGAACGUGUAACAUCUCGGCAUGCUCGGUGCCUCUCAUAAUUUGGUGCUAGGGAGAUCUGCGUGAAACUCCAUGUUCUAAAACGAAACCUCGUUCGCCGAAAACUCGUCGAGCGUUCGUCCAGUCGGAUAUGAGUCCAUUUCCCGACCGGAAAAGCAAUCGAUAGCAUAUUGUAAUCGAUAAAUCACUAUCUACUACAGUGAAUAUACAACUAAUUUUUGUAUUUCCACAAUGCCGUUUACGACGGAUGCGGCGAUGAUGACUCAGAUACAAGAGCGUUUAAAGAAUAUUUACAGUCUCGUACACGAAAUAGAGAGCCAACGCGUUCGCUCAGAGCACAAUUUAAGUAAUAUCAUGAAAACUCACGAAAAAGUUACACCGGAUGACAAAGUUUCCCCUUACUAUCAGCAAAAGCUGAAAAAUUUAUAUAACGCCGCAGUGACCGACGCACAGCAGGAAGAAGAAGUCCUGCGCAAGGCUCUUACUAAAAUUAACGAGAUACGCACGAUAAGAAACGAGCGACGCAUACAGGCGCGUCAAGCCGGUAACAAGGAGGCCAUCAGACGUGGCGCGCUGAUGAAGAUGUUGCUGAGCAGCGCGCAAACCCUACCCCUUUACGUAGGAAAGACACCGGGCGCCAAGCCACCACCGCUGUGCGGCGCGAUACCCGCCGAGCCUACAUACAUCGCAAAGACAGGUGACAUGGUCGUCGCCUUCGUGAAAGCUAACGCGGAGGGAAAGAAUUGGAUACUCGCGGAAGUCGUGCAGUUUAAUCCCACGACGAAUAAAUACGAAGUGGACGAUAUCGACGAAGAGCAGAAGGACCGUCACAUAUUGUCGAGGAGACGAGUAGUGCCGUUGCCGUUAAUGAGGGCCAAUCCCGAGACUGAUCCACAAGCUCUAUUCCCGAAAGGGUCCAUAGUAAUGGCACUGUAUCCACAAACUACCUGCUUUUACAAGGGGAUCGUGUAUCGCUUACCAACUACUGCUACGGAAGAGUACCUAAUUUUAUUCGAAGACGCUAAUUACACAUCCGGUUAUUCGCCACCACUGAGUGUAGCGCAGCGUUACAUGAUUUCCAUGAAAGAGAGCAAAAAAGAUAAGAGUCAAUACAUCAAGAAGAGAAAACAUAAAAAAAGAAAUAGAGGGGACGCUUGAUUCAUCGAUUCAUCGUUAAUUCAUAUAAAUUUUUACAUUUGAUUUGUGAUAUUGUAAUGAUAUAAUAAAUGAUGAUUUUUUUAAAGUUUAUUCCA